AUGCUAUGUUACUCGUCACGGACAUCACGAGACAAGAGAUCAAAGAUGCUCUUUUUAGUAUUGGGGACGACAAAUCACCGGGUCCGGAUGGAUACACAUCUUGUUUUUUCAAAAAAAUCAUGGGAUAUUGCUGGCAAUGAUUUCAUGGAAGCAAUUGAAGAUUUUUUUGCAUCGAGGUCUCUACUCAAGCAAAUCAAUCACACCAUCAUUGCUUUAGUACCAAAGGGUAAUCAUUCUACAUUGGUUGGGGACUAUAGGCCCACUCAUUGUUGUAAUGUCUUUUAUAAAGUCAUUACAAAGAUCAUUGCUUCUCGUUUGAAGCCUAUGUUUGUUGACCAAGCACAAACCACUGUUGUGGAAGGACGGAGCAUGAUUGAAAAUAUUUACUUGGCACAAGAGCUUUUGAGGCAAUACAAUAGCAAGAGGUGGCUCCUAGAUGUCUUCUUAAAAUUGACCUAA